CUGUUUAUAAACACCUCGAUUGUUUACAUUGAAUCGAAUUAAAUUAGUUUCUGUUUCCUUUAGUGUUUCCGUCGUAGAUUCAGUCUCUAUCAGUUCCAUUCUUGUGUAUUUGAAAAGUGCGUUCCGUGUCGCGCGUGGUCUCUUAAUAUGGAUUUCUUUUGGAGAGAGCUGUCCAAGGUAACCGGUCCGAUUCCGGAGAGAAUCCGGGUGAUUCUAGAAGAAUUAAAAUACAUCCAUGGGGGUUUGGCCCAUCUAGAUGAAAGGAUAAUUAAGGACAUGGAAGAGGAGGUACGGAAUUUUCCCAAAAUAACGGGGAAGUCCGAACGGGAAUGGCAGAAAGUCAUCGGAUUUAACGGACCCUUGCAAACUUUUCGCUUUAUGUUGGGCGAGAGGAGUGUUCUUAAAGUAAUAGCAAGCACUAUCCAAACCCAUGGCAUCGCCAAGUUCUGUAAGAAGUUGCUUCGACAGGAAGCCAUUCGGCAAUGUAGGCCAAAAACUAUAGAUGAGCGAGAAGACGAAGCUGUGCGGGAGAAAAUUAUUAACUUCUACAAGAAGAGAUUCGUUAACAAGAGCACCCUUGAACAUAUUGAAAGUGUACCCGACUUCGUUUAUCACUUGUCGUCGAUGCAGGUUAGUGUUGCCUGUGAUGAUAAUGGAAUGAAAGCCUUGAUCCAGUGCCCGUUUUGUGAGGCAUCCAUUACAAUUCGCCAGGAAAAGUCAAAAAGUUGGAAAGUAUCCAACUUUUCCUCGCAUAUCAAACAGAGACAUAAUGAUAUCGUUCCCUGCAGCGAUACCUUCCAAGAACAACCGGAGGCGCAAAGAUCGGGUAAACGUAAGUGGGCGUCCAGUUUUCACGAAAAUACCAUCGAAGUAGUUCAGUCUAUUCCCCUCGAGUCGACCGAAACCUACGAAGCAGAAUACCUAGACUGCAGUGAACAACAUUUUGAUCCACAUGAUUCAUAUAUAGAAGAGCAGUUUAGUGAAGAGCAAGAAGUAAAACACAAUGUCUAUGACUAUGAACCGCCGACGCUGUCGGAUAGCGCACUACAGCAUUUAGACAUUCAGCCGAUGAACUACCAGGAUUAUAAGGAGCAGCCUACCAACUUAUCAUCAGAUCCAUUAAACUAG